AUGGAGAACACUGAGACAAAGAGGUUUGGCGAUGGGAUAGAUCCUAAUGCGUCGCCCUUGGGCAGUGUUAACACCGCAACCACCCCUGGCACCGAGUACUCGCCUGCAGACAGUCCUUUGCCCAGGAAAGUUACUCUAAAAGAUAGUCGGCUUUCAGCCCAGGAGAAGUUGGCUUCUCUGAGUUUAGAAGAGAAGGUGUCCCUCUUGACAGCCGCAGACUUUUGGCGGACGAAAGCCAUCCCGGAAAAGAGAAUCCCGGCAAUCAAAACCAGCGAUGGACCAAACGGUGCUCGAGGCGGGAUAUUUGUUGGAGGAACCAAAGCUGCGCUGUUUCCAUGCGGUAUCUCUUUGGCUGCAACAUGGAAUAAAGAACUCUUGUACGAGGUCGGGCAGCACCUUGCUGAUGAGACCAGAGCAAGAUCAGCGAAUGUGCUUCUUGCUCCCACAGUUUGCAUGCACAGGCACCCACUAGGUGGAAGGAAUUUCGAGUCUUUCUCCGAGGAUCCGCUCUUGACUGGUAAACUUGCUAGUCAAUAUAUCCAAGGCCUCCAGUCCAAGGGCAUUUCUGCCGCCAUCAAACACUUUGUUGCAAAUGAGCAAGAAACUUUCAGGAUGACUAUCAAUUCAGUGAUGAUGGAACGACCGUUGAGGGAAUUGUAUCUUCGCCCAUUUGAGAUUGCGGUUCGUGAGGCCAAUCCGUGGGCAGUAAUGUCGUCAUACAACCUGAUCAACGGCGUCCAUGCUGACGAGAAUAUUCAUACUCUGAAAAACAUCCUCCGAGGGGAGUGGGGAUACGAUGGCACGGUCAUAUCUGAUUGGGGCGGUACAAACUCGACAGUUGAGGCCCUGAAAGCGGGUUGCGAUAUCGAAUUCCCAUUUUCCACUAAAUGGAGGUUCGACAAGGUGCUCAAGUCACUAGAGGACGGGGUCUUGACGCAGACUGAUAUAGACCAAGCAGCAGAAAAUGUCCUAACAUUGGUGGAGCGAACAAAGGGAGACGACAUGACUGAGGAACGGGCAGAACGUGAGGACGACCGAGCUGAGACAAGAGCCUUGAUACGCCAAGCUGGUGCUGAAGGCUUGACACUCUUGAAGAACGAAGGGUCCAUUUUGCCGAUUGCCCCGGAAACAACCAAGAUCGCAGUCAUCGGGCCCAACGCCAAUAGAGCGAUAGCAGGUGGUGGUGGCAGUGCCAGUCUCAACCCAUACUACAACACACUACCUUUAGACAGCAUUCGAGCUGUCGCUCAAGGACAGGUCACUUACGCACAGGGGUGCCAUAUUUUCAAGUGGCUACCGGUUGCGUCGCCUUACUGUGCUGAUAGAUCUGGUAAGCCUGGGGUCACCCUUGAAUGGUUCAGGGGGGAUACAUUCGAGGGUGAGGUCGUUGUUAAACAACGCCGAACAAACACGGACCUGUUCUUGUGGGAUUCUGCGCCGCUAGCGGAAACGGGACCGAAAUGGUCUGCAAUUGCAACAACCUACCUCACGGCAACCCAAUCCGGCAAACAUACGAUCAGCUAUAUGAGCGUUGGCCCAGGGCGUCUAUUUGUCGACGGAGUGCCAGCCCUUGACCUAUGGGACUGGACUGAAGAAGGUGAAGCCAUGUUUGACGGAUCGAUCGACUACAUGGUGGAUAUUGAUAUGCAGGCUGGCAAACCUAUUGAGCUUCGUGUGGAGAUGACAAAUGAAUUGCGGCCUAUCGCAAAGCAAAAGACCUUCCACAUGACGCACAGAUAUGGUGGGUGUCGUAUCGGUUUUAAGCAGGCAGAUGCUAUCGACUAUUUGCAAGAGGCUGUAGAGGCGGCAAAGGCAGCGGAUGUGGCCGUGGUUGUCAUUGGUCUGGAUGCUGAGUGGGAGUCGGAGGGGUAUGACCGAAAAACCAUGGACUUGCCAUCAGACGGUAGCCAGGACCGCUUGGUCGAAGCAGUGGUCAAUGCAAACCCUCGUACCGUCGUUAUCAAUCAGUCAGGGUCCCCAGUCACGAUGCCAUGGGCUGACAAGGUGCCGACAAUUCUCCAAGCAUGGUACCAAGGUCAAGAGGCUGGCAAUGCACUAGCCGAUGUAUUAUUUGGCUUUGAGAACCCCAGCGGAAAACUACCUUGUACAUUUCCCAGACGCAUCGAGGAUACACCGGCAUACCACAACUGGCCAGGCGAGAACCUUCGCGUCCUGUACGGCGAAGGUCUCUACGUCGGCUACAAGCACUACGAUCGUUCACGCAUAGCACCGCUAUUUCCGUUCGGACACGGUCUCUCCUACACAAGCUUCGAUUACGGCCGAAUUUCUUUGAGCAGAAAAUCGCUCGGGCCCAAUACACCGAUUCAUAUGAUAAUGGCUGUGUCCAACAUUGGCUCUGUCGCGGGCGCCGAGACAGUUCAAGUGUAUGUGCGAGAUGAGAAGUCCAAGCUCCCUCGACCUGAGAAGGAGCUUGUGGCGUUUGAGAAGGUUUUCCUCGAGCCCGGCGAGACUAAGCAUAUUACUAUUGCACUGGAAAAGUACGCCGUUGGGUACUACGAUGAUUCACUGCGAUCGUGGAUUGCAGAGGAAGGUGCUUUCAAGAUUCUUGUUGGCGCGUCCUCUACGGACGUCAGGCAAACUGUCUCCUUCGAGGUUGAAGACUCCUUCACUUGGAUCAAGUGA